AUGGGUGGCCCGGUCGACAUGGCCCAACGUCAAAAUCAAGGUGAAAGCAACCUCAAGGGAUCAGGAAACGAUCACAAGAACCUGUCCGCAGGAGCUCGCGCCUUAGAGGCCUCCACGAGCAAAGUCUAUUCAACUAAGCACCCGCAAAAGCGACAGCGAACAUCUCUUGCAAGCGACACUUGUAAGGACCAUACCGUUGAGGACACAGCUGGCCACGAGGCGACAAGUGGCAUCAGUAAUACCGAUAUUGACCCAAUUGAGUGUUGGAUACAGAGAGGACAUUGGCCCGAAAAGUAUUUUAAGGAGCACGGCAGUAUGAAUUCUCUGCUUGCAAGGAGAAAAUCUACGUCUUCUCUUCGUCGCCGUAAGGGAUCGGAAUCAAGCGAUGCCACUCCCAGUGACCAAAAGCCUAGAGAGCAAAAAAGUGCUCCAUACAAGAACCCGCGUUACCGAACUUUCCUUGAAACAAAAGGCAGCUUCAUGGAUAAAUCCAGUCUCGGCAUUACGGAUUGUGGUGAGGUGGCGCUUGAUAUUGCAGACCGACAGAAUGCUCAUAGUAUGACUCUUGCUGUGAGAGGCGUAGUUGAACUCUAUAGGGCUGUGAAGCGUGAAGAGGAGCUCCACCGGGAAAUCCUCGCCUUUUCAAUAUCCCAUGAUCAUACAGCGGUGAGGGUCUACGGCCAUUAUGCUGUGAUUGAAGGAGACAAGACUACCUUUUACCACCAUCCGAUUCACAAAUUUGAUUUCACGACCUUGGAUGGCAAGGAGAAGUGGACAGCCUCUCCUGGGCAUAUGGGGAUAGAGGGCAAUGAGGAAGCAGACCGCUUGGCUAAGCGGGCAGUCUCAUCCACUGCAGCCCCAGCCUAUGGUCUCGAGGCCACACCCACAGUCAGUGGGGUCCGCACAGUGGCCAAGCAGCUCAGCCAAGAGGCAAGGCGAAAGUGGUGGAGUGGAGCCUGUGGCAAGCUCUCUGACUGGUACCGGGGCUGGAGUUUCAGCAGGCCGACUGUGGAAUACCAAGUGAAGGCCCCUCCGGAGCUCACCAUGCCACGGCAUGCCCUUCACCGCUGGCUCGCACUCCGCUCCUCUCAUGGGGACUUCUCCUGGUACCACAGGCGUUUCCAGCAUGCAGAUGCGAGGCUCACCUGUGUCUGUGGACACAACAAGAGCCCAGAACAUUUGGUGCUCUGUCGACACUCACAGAGGCACUUUCUUCACUGGCCCAAGAGGCCAGCAGCACGGCCACACAACCAGGCGACAGCUGUUGCCUAUCUAGGGUCUCUGACCCCUACAGACUUUGUAGAACUGCUGGACUGCACGCAGUUCUACACACGGUACUGCACAAGCAGUUCCACGAGGCCGGCCUGCUGA